GCAUCGCUAGUCAAUUACAAAAACAUGAACAGUCGUGUGGAAUAUCUGCGAGGAAAUAUGCCAGACUGCUGUGACUAAGCAAAAACGCGAUGUUGUUGGAAGGAUUGAUAACUUAGUUGCUGCUAAGGAUUCAAGCUUAGAAAUGACGUCGGUGAAUUUGGUGCUGUUUUUGGUGAUUUCCUUUGAAGCAAAGCUAGCGAUAAGUUUUGUAGAUUGUCCGCCUCCAUCGAGCAAUUGCGAAAACACUACGCGGAAAAACAACAGUCGAGUUGUCGAAAUUAUUGACUGCGAUCGUUUAAACAUUUCCUGUGGGUCUGGCAAGGUUUGUCGACAAGGAAAUUGUGUUUACGUUGAAUCAAUGUCGGACAGUAAAGAAAGUCAGAAUCCGUCGACGGACGCGACCAUGAAAUAUAUAACAGUAGUGGAGACUACUGCGGAACUAACUUCCACGAGCCACAGUUUGCUCUCAGGAAACCAAGAAUUUGCUAUCGCUCUCGUGGGAUUUUCAAUUCUAUUUAUAAACUUUUGCUUGAUUUCAUUUUGCCUGGCCCGUGCAAAACAAAGGCGAAAUCGACGGAACCGCUCAGCAACGACACAGGGUUCACAAACAGGGGAUGAUUAUUGGAACGAACGUCACUUGACUGGACACGAUGCGUCGCAAGCUGAAUCAAACAUGGGAAUUGAGAAUUUUGCACUGAAUGGAGACUUGGAUGCAGUUUUAAACGGCUGUUAUGUCCCUCACGCGCACUUACCGCCUUACGAUUUUAACUCGGCAUACGACAAACCUCAGCCCAGAUCGGACGAUGGCGAAGAUUUCGAAGAAUCCCACGAACCUCCUCCCGAUACUCAAAACACGAACGAGGACCCUCCUCCGUACAGCGAUCAGCGGUACGGAAACUCGCCCAGCCCGCCAAGCUACGAAGAUGUCUUAAAGGUAGCAGUGUCGAACACUGGGGAAAGUUCCUCUGGAUUAUGAUUUUAGAAAAAAAAAAAACUUCGAACAUGUGCAAUAGAGGCAUGUACAGAAGAAACGUGUAAAUCGGAGAGCAAAGAUAAGUGUUUCAUGCCAGAACAAGAAAUAACAAUUUUGGGUAGUGAUUGAUACCUUUAAAUUAGAUAGAAUCUAGUCUAUGUUUUCAAACAACAACUAGCCGGGUAGGCCAAUCUGGACACUUGAAAGGAACAAGUUCAAGUUGUUUUCAAGAGGGUGAUAUAUUGAAUACGCCUGUACAUACAUGGAUACAUCGUCUGGAACCACAAGAAAUGUAAAAAAAACCGUAAUUACUCUUUUGCAACUUAUGUACGUGUUUUGAAUUAGUAAAUCAGUGUGAAUGAAUGUUUCACUAUUCCUAAUUCGACGAGCACUAUUGAUCGUUUCAGACUUCGCCAUGCACGCGGUAUCAUGUUAAUUCAUGUGUGCUACAUGAAAAGUCACCAUAGAUCUAAAGAUGAUAAGUGAUCGUUUAGACAAGUUGAUGGAUGAGGCACUCUUGAAUAUUGCUUGAGCCAAGUUUGCUCACAUCGUUUGCCAGAUAUAUGACAAGUAUUACUACAUGUUAAAUAAUUUGAGACAGGAAGCGGCUCUUUCAUUCCUUUACUUGUUUGCAGCUGUCCAAAUGUAAGAUACCUCAGAAGAUAAUCUGAUUGUGUAAGCAAUGACGCACUAAAUGAUAUUUUAAAACUCAUUAAAAGAUCCCCUGGAAUUUUGA